AGCCUCCACUCUCAAAACAUCUCUCUCUUUCUCACAUUAACUUCCAGCACCACAGUUGCAAGAAACCCCCUGCACAUGUGAACAGUGAGCAUGUUGGCAAUGCGACCACUGAAUCUGGUAUAAGAAGCAUACCCGGACUCAUCCAUCGUCGAUUAGCAAACGUUCAGUCACUCGAGCUCCAGCUCGUCAUGGAGCUUCUGCUGCUUUACUCCUCAUCACUGCUUCUCCUCCUGCUCUCCUCUCCUGGCCUGCACUCCACCGAAGCCAACUCUGUUCCAGGUAGAAUGCUGCAUCAUCGCCAGAUCAAGGAUCCUCCAGAGGUGGAGCAGGCGGCGGGGAAGGGGUGGGCGGCGACGUCGGCGGCGCUGAUCGGGUCGCGGCCGCCGCGGUGCGAGGGCAAGUGCGCGCCGUGUGGGCGGUGCGAGGCGGUCCAGGUGCCCGUGGCGCCGCGGGAGGACAGAGCGGCCGGCCGCCUCCGCGUCUUCUUCUUCUUCAGGGCCGGCGGCGACAGGGUCGACGAGAGCUCCACCAACUACAAGCCAUUGAACUGGAGGUGCAGGUGCGCCGGCGGCGACAGGAGGAGUAGGGCACUGGAUCCGUGAGAAUGCUGGGAUUUUUCGCUCCCGGAGAGACGAUGAAAGAUUUCUGGAAUUCUGAUAGUGUUUGUUUUGGCUUGAGGUACAGAGAUUCAGAGCUGAUGGUGAUGCUGAAUCCAUCACAUAAGUUGGUUUUGGAGAUGUUGCAUCCGGAAGUGAGAGUUGCUUCUUAUGCUAGUAGCUUAGUACUACUAUUUUGGAGCAUAAUUAAGCUUAUGGUGUAAUUAAGGGUGUCAUGUUCGUUUUCCAUCAAGCGCAGGAGGGUUGAAAAUGCCCAAGCCACAUUGAUAAUUAAGUGUUCUUUAAUUCGUGGAAAAGGGGCCUCUUCUUGGUGCUUUGCUACCCAGCAUA